GCAGAUGUGGCAAUUUUUUUUCAGUCGCGUGUGGAUUGCGCGCGCGGCUACUGCAAUUUUGUGCGAUUCGGAACUUUUUUAACGAAAAAAAAAUAAACAUAGAUACAAAACUUUUCCGAUUUUUCCCGCGCACUCUAACCAUCGAGAACUUUUAUUUUUCAGGUUGUAAAUAGAAGUUUAGUACAAAAGGAACUUAUUUUAUAUAUUUUGUCGAGAACUUGUGUUUUUUGGAACUGAAGUGUGUUUUCUGUUUGUGUGUGUGACAUUUGGUGGUAAACACGAGUGACAUUGUGUGUGAACGCCGUGAUUAUUUUCCCCAAGUAUAUAUUCUUUAGAAUUUGGAUGUUCUAGAAUAAGAUGAUCAACGGUAAAUGGCUGACUUCGAAGACUGAUUAUAAUAUUUAUGAAACCAAAUAGGAAAUGAUCGACCCAUGAAGCUUAUACCUCGGUUGGACUCGUUUCACGUGCUCGUCGAAAGGGUCCAAAUACUGCAAUGACUUCCGCGAUGGCCGCACACCAAGAAUCGAUCCACGAGAGACUCCAACCGGCGGCGGACGAGCCCCUGUACCUGCAUCAUGGAGCACCGGUGUGGCCCGACCAGGCGGACCAUCAGGAAGACCACAGCACGGACAUGUCCUACUAUAACAUGCCCAAGCGGAACAAAAGGAAGAACUUCAAACCGCGCUGCGCACCUAACGCUACCACGUUUUCAGACGACUCCAACGGAGGCAACGGUGAAGCUAGUCCCAUCAACGGAAACGACCGAACUACACCAGACCCCGCGGAAGGCGAAAAAGACGAAGGCAACUACGCCAAAAUAGGCGUUAAAAACUUCCGCCUCCUCAAAGAAGGCGCCGUCGAUCUCAGCAGACGAUUGAGCACGGACUCGAACGAAAACAUAGACUCAAAUUACCAAAACAGGUUACCUGAAGACUCAUCGAAGAAGAUCGACUCGUACCAGAGGUCGUACAUCCGUAGUUUACAAAUUAACCAAGAGGCUGAUAGACAGGACAGGACCGUGUUGAACUUUAGCAAUUUACAAAACAAAACUUUCUGUGCCAAAAAUCCUUUUGCUAUAUCACAACUGAUUAAGACUAACUCGCCUCCCAGAAGAAGGGACUCAGAGUCGGACGAAGAAAGCAAAGGUCAAGAUAUCAAUGCCAAUGACAGGAUAGGAGAAGCACAAGAGCCCAUGGAGACGGCUGAUGUGCAACAAAAUGGUGACGCUUCAAAUGCUACGAAUAGAAUUUUGAGGGAUUACGCCAUGAAUACGAUGAAGGAGCUACUCGGGAUUUACGGUUUGUCAUCCAAUGAAGUCGCCGAUGCAAUUAGUGGGCAAAUCAGAGCUUUGGAAGCGCUUCAAGGUAAACCGUUCACCCAGUUACCUUUAAGUUUGAAGAGACGCCAUGAUUCCGGCGUUGAAGACGUCAAUGACAGAAGUCUCCGAAGGUCUUCCUCGGCAACAGAAGACGAGGGUUCCACAAAUAUUACUCCGCCUAAAACUCCUGACAACGAUAUAGAAAUACAACGGCAAAGGGCAUUGCAAAUAAUCAACCAACAAUCUAUGAGGUUGUUUGGCAGAUCUCAGACUCAAGAGGAAGAGGGUAGUGGAUCAGAUGACGGUGACCAAACCCUGGACUUGAGUGUCUCCAGGGAUACAGAUGGUCAGGAACAGUCAACCACGUCGAGUGCUGGGAACAGUGUCUCAGAGUUUGAACAACAAAAUUUACUUAUGAGGAAAAAUUUAGAAGACUUAGCUAAUUUACAAAUGCAGGGUUUCUUUCAGAAACAAUCGUCGAUGGAUGCUGAAGAUUCUCAAGAGAGAAAACUACAUGCUAGUGGUUUACUGUCUGCGUUGAAUCAUUUGGAUCAAGCACGGAAGAAUUCUCUUCAGACCACGGUUGAUUACUCUAGAUACGUGAAAAGGUACAGUUCAACAUUAGAAUGUGGUUCGUCGUACUGCAAAGACCUUGGUUACCGGGAGCAUUUCCACUGUAUGGACUGCACAGCAAGAGUCUUCUGCAAGAAGGAAGAGAUGAUCAGGCAUUUCAAGUGGCACAAGAAAAGGGAUGAAUCUUUAGCGCAUGGCUUCAUGAGAUAUUCUCCAUUGGACGAUUGUUCUGAGAGAUUCAGCGACUGCCCACACAACCGGAGUCAGACCCACUACCAUUGUAUUCAGGAUGGUUGCGAUAAGGUCUACAUCUCCACGUCCGACGUACAAAUGCAUGCAAACUACCACAGGAAAGACAGUGCCAUUCUCCAAGAGGGAUUCCAAAGGUUCAGGGCUACAGAGAGCUGUGCAGCACCUCACUGCAUCUUCGCUGGACAGAGGACGACACACUUUCACUGCAGAAGACCAGGCUGCACGUACACUUUCAAGAACAAAGCUGACAUGGAAAAACACAAGACUUAUCACAUUAAAGACGAGGCCCUAUCCAAGGACGGCUUCAAGAAGUACAUGAAGAACGAAGCGUGCCCCUACCGCGACUGCCGGUUCAGCAAGACCUGUAACCACAUCCACUGCAUCCGCCCACACUGCAACUAUGUGCUGCACUCCAGCAGCCAGAUCUUCACGCACAAGAGGAAGCACGAGAGGAAGGAGCAAGAGAUGAGUUUUGGUCUACCAACAUCGGUGAUACAGAGUGCUUUGAUGCAGCAAGGUGCCGACCUCAGCAUGUACUCGCCGGGCAGCAACCUUCACGUAGACGAUGACAUGUCAAAUUCAAUGCUGGACCCGGACUUUUCCUAUCCAUUCAACCCCGCAUUAGUGGAAGAGGUUACACGCAAAUAUAUAGAAACAUACAACUGUGGAAACAACUCCGAAGAAAAAUGUGGUAAAUGCAGUGCUAUGAACAAACAUUACCAUUGUUUGGCUGAUGGAUGUAAAAUGGCACACAGUUGCCACACUACCAUGGUGAAACAUGUCAUGGAGCAUGAGCAGCAAAACCAAGUGACAGAAGCCUACUUUGUGACGUACACUCGCAACAAUCCUUGUGGAAAUUCUGCGUGUCAACAUAUCAGAGAUAUCACGCAUUAUCAUUGUACUUGGGAAAAUUGCGGAGCCGUCGUUCUCUCCUCGGAAGAACACCCUUUUAGAAGGCUGGAACAUCAUCGACAACACGCAAUACUGAGCCCUAUGUCUCCGAACUUAGCGGCGCGAUUUGCGCCCAACUUUACGCCUCAGCUAUCAGCUCAACUACAUCCCAAUAUGGCGGCUCAAUUAGGCCAAGUUCCAAGUUUGGCCAAUCUCCCACCGAAUUUGGCUCAAUUAGCCCAAAUGGCACCUAGUUUGAGUACUCAGCUUACGCCGAAUCUUCAAGCACAGCUGAAUUUGGGUCCCAAUCCGGGCAUAGUUCCUCAACAAAUAAACCCAUCGAGUUCUUUGGAUGAAAUGUUUAGCAGGAAACGUGGCAGACCGCCAAAGAACAGGGUGGUAGAAGUCUGGACUGAUAACGUAACUCCUCAAGCGAUUUUCACCUCUUUCAAGCUUCCUAAAAGUAAUCAGCUUCCACCAGUAUCACAGUCUUCCGUUAUUACUACUGUUGAAGAGUUUCCACGCAUCAAAUUCCAGCACUUCGAAGUGUUUACGAGUCCUGACACCUGCAGCCAAUCUUAUCCCAGCUGUCAGCUAAGAUUGACUCGUCUCCAUCUUCAUUGCUUUAAUUGUAGUUUCGCCGGAGAAUCUCACAUCAUCAUGGAGACUCACAUGAGAGAAUCUCACUCCAUCAGUCCCUUGAUGGAAGGUUUCGACUACUUCACAUCAUAUGAACACUGUGGAGGAAAGAGCUGUUUCAAGAACCAGCUAAGAUAUCACUUCCAUUGCGCUCAAGGGAACAACUGUCCCGCUAUAUUAACACAAUAUUCGGCGUUGGCAACUCAUAAACAUGGCAGAGGCACACCUGUCAUCAAGAGUGAAGAUCAAGAGAAACCUUAUGAAGAAGCCAAAGACUAUUCCUUGAAGGAACGUGGGUCUGUCGAUAGCGUGAGCUCGAUGAAAGAGCCCUCGGAAUCAUACACGCCAACAAACUUUUCUAUAAAGAGUGAAUUUGAUCGCGAACAAGAUAACGUUUCGGUAGUAAAAGCUGCCGGGACUUUUUAUCCGUCAUCUCAUCUUAGGAGCAAUACCUCAUCUCCAUCACCGAGGAGCAUUUACGAUGCAUCACCAUCAAAAGACAUGAAGUUACGUAUGGACUACGAUCCGAAGAAGCAAUACGAACCUCCCAAAAUAUCUGGUCCUACGAUUCCACCCUCGUGCCAUGAUCAAUCAUGUCCAUUGAAUAAAAAUGCUGGAGGAAUGAACCUCCAUUAUCAUUGCCCUCACUGCAGUCAAGCUUACGUUGAUUUAAAAUUGCUAUUCAGUCACAUGGUGAAGAAACAUAGCAAUGCAAUGGAUCCCGGACCGGUAGGAUUAGCGGCGACGAAAGAGACCCUAGAAAGAGAAUAUCCUGAAAUUUCUAUACUGCCUUCGACGGCAUCUUCUGCUUCCACGAGUCAGGCUCCUUCGCCGGGCCAGCGUCCACCUAAUCCUGCGGAGCAAGUGCAAGCAGUUCAAAGCUUGCUCCUUCAACAGUAUCUUGCUGGUGGCCGUAAAGGCAGCUUGCAAGAUCAGUUGAAGAUGCAACAGCAGUAUACAGCGUCAUUGGCUGGUUUGCCGGGACUUGCGCAAGUUGCUCUAUUCUCGCAGGGUGGAUCUCCAUUCCCCCUGUACCCAACGAUGUUGUACCCACCAGAGCUACUUCUAGAACAAAGCUUAUUGCAAGGACAUGGUCUACCACCAGGAAUGGACAAAGAAGCUGAACUCAUUGCAAAAUCCAGACGCACGCACACUACACGAGGGCCGCACAUGCGAGUCCUGAAGGAUGAACCGAUUCCUGAGGGUUAUCUUAGGUUCAGAUUUAACGAAGACUGCGCGUAUCAACAUUGUGGAUACAGGGAGCACCAGACUCAUUUCCAUUGUACAAGAAAAGACUGUGGCUAUUCAUUCUGUGACAAGACAAGAUUUGUCCAACACACGGCUAGACAUGAAAGACUAGACACAUUGAUGGGUGGAGAUUUCCAGCAGUAUCGAGCUAACGUUUAUUGCCAAAGACCUGAAUGUCCUCACGCUUCCACGUUUGGUCAGAACAAGGCUUCACAUUUCCAUUGUCUUAAGUGUGACUUCGUUUGCACUGACACCAACAAAGUGGUUGCACAUAGGCGUCAACAUCAAAAGUUAGACUCAAUCCAGGCUGCUGGCUUUGAAAAGUUCCCACCAAGCAAAGGUUGUGGCUAUGAACCCCAAUGCAUUCACAGCAAGAAACAAACUCACUAUCACUGCUUGCAGUGUGGGUUUGCUGUUCUAGGUCUCUCACAGAUGACCUCACAUAAGUACAAACACCAAGAAGCUAAUCAUGGCCCAUCAACCAGUGCCACCAACUGACGUGAAAAUAUGUAUUUAAUAAUAUUUAAAAUGUAUGGCAAAUUGACAUUAUACGUGUGAGAUAAUUAUGUGUAUUGAGUGAUAUUAUAGUGCUUGAUCUUGGCGAUGCGUUUCAUCAAAUACAAAUGUAUAUACAUACAUGUUACGCAUUGAAAUUAGUACACAUAGGGUGAUUCAAUAUCUUAUUGGCUUAAUGCAAAACGGUCCUAAUACUUCCAGUAGCAAUGUUAAAAGAAAUAUUUCAAAAAUAUUUCGUUUAAUUUUAAAUUAACCCUGAUUGUGUAUUUUAUCUUAUAUGGAUGACUUUUGCAAAGUAUACGAUGCACUUAGUUGCGCAUUGACCAAACUCGCUCAGAAAUACCUUGACAAUUUGUAAUUUGUGUCCCUCGAGUGUGCCUUAUGCUUGAAAUGAUCGAAACUGCUAAACGAAGCCUUUGAUCACUUAAAAAAUAUUAUUAGUAAACUGUUCCUGCAUCUGAUCAGUAAAGGUGUGUCCAAAUAUCUGAAUAAGUGGUAUAAGUAAAGCUUAGAUGCUUUGUUGUACUGAAUUUAAUCUUGAUGGAUUGUAUAGACUUAAAUAAAUUAAUGUAAUUAAUUUGAGUUACAUUCUAAAAACAGUUACUCAUCUGUAAAAAACUAGUGAUAUGUGUUUCUGCGUAUUCUUAUAAUAUAAAACAUUGAUGACUGAGUGGCAAGAAUAUUGAAGUGCCAAAAUAUUGUUGACUUUGUAUACUAACAGAAUAAAAUAUUCGUUCAAAGAAAGUAUGAAGUGAGUGUUAUAAAAGUGGUUAUUUUCAGAACAAAGUGAAUUUAAAAUUGCGUAUACUUAUAAUAUAUGAAAGUGCAUGUUAAUUAUAUUGAAAGUGUUUGUAUUUCCUAAAUCCCGACCAAUAUUAGUGUUAGUUAAGAAAUAUUUAUAUUUAUUACUUCCCCGUGAGAAAAGACAUUUUUACGAAUAGUAUUAUUAAUUUAGAUUUCAUGGAAAUUAUAAAAGAAGGCAAUAAAUAUAUGGGAUUUGUAUACCACUUCGUGCCUAAGGAUAAAAUCUUGUGACAAUAUUUUACAUUGAUAUUAACUUUAAUGUUUUCUGAUGGGAUAGGCCUAAAUAUCAGAAAAUAGUGCAAAACAUGCAUUAGGAUUACAAAAUCAUAUAUAUAAUAAAAAAAAACCUUAUUUAAUAAAGUGUCAAUUCUAUAAACAAAAAAUUACAAUGUAAAUAAGAUUAGAUUAUUAUAUAUGAAACAAUAUUAUGUUAGUAAAAUUAUAAUUGUUAAACUGAUAUUGGUAAAGUAUGGUGUAUAAAAAAUACGAUUGGAUUAUAAUGUACAGAAAAUUGAGUGCUAACGUUUGUGAUUCAUGAGGUAGCCAUAAAUAUGCCAUAAACAAGUUUAAGAUAUUUUUUUAAUUUGCUAAAUUCCUCCUUAGCUAAACAGUAUUCGUCACAGUGUCCUUCUCAAAAGAACCUCUUGCAUUCCUAUAAUAUUCCUGGCAACCGUCUGAAGCCAUUUAGUCUUAGAUAAAGGUUGUUCAUCAGUCAUUUUUGUUUCAUGACCAAAACCAUUUUAAAGCCUAUUCCUAAUCUUUAUCAGUAUUGUAGUUUAAGCAACAGUCCCGUUGUUCCUAUUGUCAAUCUACCGACUAUCAUAUUCCUUACAAGUAAAGUUAAUUUAGUAAAUUUCAUAAUUCAACUUGUUAUUUUCUUCGUGAGCUUUCUUUUGAAUUUGUAUUAUCAUAUUCGUUACUUUUGAAUUAUAUGUAAUUGUCAUUUGGCUUAUGUAAAGCUUUUUUAAAAUAGUCCGUGCCAUAUAAAUAGUCACAUAUAUUUUUUUAGUUCACUAAUUUCAAGUAUUUUAUUUCGUAUUCAAUAAGCUUAUGAACUUUGUCUUCAUCAAAAUGGACUCAUUCUCUAUACAAAUCGCAUGCAAUAAAAAUCUUACAUUAUUGGUUGUUAUUCAUCUUGUUUUGUUAUCUAAUUUUACGUAACACGUUUUCUUUCUUUAUGUUCUCUCUUUUUAUGUUUUAAUAUCUUUUUCACAAACUUUUGAUUAUUAAAAGAUAAUUUAAUCGCGUAUUUAUAUGUAUUUUAGUGUACGUAUGUAGCUUUAAUUUUAGUAAUCAUUAAUGAAAAUCAAUGUUCCCUCUUGACAUUAAAAUAUGCAAACAUUGUCCACAUGAUUAUUAAAAUAAAUGGGAGUGUUUUUUAUGAAAUAAUUUAAUAUAAUUUGCAGAAGCGUGUCUCUGAGAAAUGUUUGCAUCACUCUUUGUAGACAGAUGAUGGAUUGCAACAAAUUGUUUUCUUUAGUGAAAUAGUAACCUGUCUGUUUGUGAUUGUGAACCGAUUGGUGAAUUCGUAAAAAAGUAUUUUAGCAUUGUUUACCUCAUGACUUCUAGGAAUAAACGAGAAUAUCCG